UCAAUAGUAAGUCAAUGUAGUAGAGACUAUAGUAAUCACAAAACCACUCGAAUGAUAUGUCACCAAAGACUAGAAUUCCCAUCUAUGUUCGCAAAGUGUCUAUUUUCGGACAAGUCUGAGUCAGUGUGCGUUAAUGCAUGUAAUGUGUGAUAAUGAAGCUACAUUCUGUUACCGGAUGUCAUCAACAAAAUAGGUGAUGUGGCCCAGUCAGUAAUGUGGCCCAUAUGAUACACUUGACCCUGUUCACUUUUUUUAGGAGGCGCCUUAAGAACGAAUCUAAGAUGCCGAGGAAACAGAAAGGAGUCCAAACUUAUGGUCGAAAUGCAGCUGUUGAACCUGAUGCUGUAUGGAAUUUUGGGGCAAGAAGACAUGUUUUUAGUGACAGCAGUGAAUCAGAUGCCUCAGCCAAUGAUAGUUUGGCAUGUAAAGAAAAUGUUCCACUUGAGCGUCGUGAUCGGGAGUCCAGGGGCAAAUCUGGGAGACUGCUCAGGAACAAAGCAAAAACAGUCAGUUACAAGGAUCCACCAGAUUUCACGCCGAAAUAUGUCAAGCCAAAGACUGCGGCAAAGGCAUUAAAGGAUAAAUACCUGUUUCAGUCAUCUUUUAAUAGUAGUGCAAACUCUGUGGAAGAGAGCAAAGAGCUUCCAUCUAACAAUAAUAAGAAAUCAGCAGCUAAUGUCCAAAAGAAACAGCAGAAGAAAGGCAAGGAGAAAAAACCUGUUGAUGUAUUUGAUCUGAGUGAUGAACCAUCCGAGACAGAGAUUCCUAGAGACUGUGGUGCUGAAAUGGCCAAAUUUUCUGAGAAGUUCAACUUCAGUGAAUUUGAUAGCUAUAGCUUUGUCAUUUCUGAAUCAGUCUCACCAUGUGUUGUGGCGGGCAUGCCAACAGUUGACCCUGGUUCCAACGUGUGCCCUUUGGAAGUGUCGGCUAAGGGUCUUGUGACUCCACGCACUGAGCCGCCAAUAAAGGUCAUCAUGAGAUCAGCCAUGAUUGAAACUAGCACUCCAAACAAUGCUGUACCUGAGACCUUGGCUGGCCCUCACAAACAAAAACAAUCACCGACUCAGACUGGUCAGUUGACGAGUUUCAAUCUGAAAGACCUUGAUGAGCAAUCUCCUCUACUUCAAUGCCAAGUUUAUUUGGACCGACUGAGCAUCUCACAAGUCGAACAUGCUAGUCCACAGCUGAACAUCAGUCACAAUGAUUCGUCUCUUAAUUUCUCGGGUAAUUUGUCCAUCUACAAAAGUUUACAAAAAGUGACGCUUGGUUCGAAAAAGAACCAAACAAGUUCUUGUGCAAGUAUCAGGUCACGAGGGAAACAGUUAGAUUCAAUUGCAGAAUCUUUUGACGCAUCACAAGAUUUAUUCGGGGAAACUGAGAUACUUCAGGAUCUGGAUAAAAUUAAGGAGGAUGUUACUUGUAAAAGUAAAGACGAUGCAGAGUCGGUCCAUUCAGAUAAAGAUUCUUCUGGGGAAGAAUCCCCCUCUAGAUAUGUUUCUGUGGCGUCUUCUAAUGAGCAGGGAGGAAGCUUUCACAUGGCUCAAGAUCACCAAGAAUCGAGUGUGUUUUUCACGCCACGGAAGACACGUGCCGGCAGACCAUUCGGGAAAAGUAUUGGUACAUGUGAAAGACCAAAAGAAUUGGAUGGGAUAGGUAAUUCUUUGAAGAAUAUUCUUACACCAGUGAAAAAUCCCCGCACUCAGAAGGUCAUCUCUCCGAAGUCCCAAGUGCUACAACAGUGCAAUCAAGAUGAUUUCAUCAAUUUUGAAGAUUACCUUGCUGAGGGUUAUUUUUGCAGGGAAUGGACGGAGUGUACCAAGAUUGGAGACGGUGCAUUCGGGGAGGUCUUCCGAGUUGUAUCAGAACAGGAAUCACUUGCAAUUAAAAUAAUUCCGAUAGAGGGAGACGUCUUGGUAAAUGAUGAAAAACAGAAAAAAUUUGAGGAGAUUUUAACCGAGAUUGUCACUUCAAGAGAGUUGAGUGAUCUGCGCUAUAACAUGACCAACAUGACAAAUGGCUUUGUUGAUGUCAAAAGCGUGCGGUGCCUCAAGGGCAGAUUUCCUGAUAUCCUGUUGGACCAAUGGGACAUCUACCAUAAGCGAAAGGGAUCAGAGAAUGAUCGACCCGACUUCUUCAAGGAUGACCAACUCCAUAUCGUAUUUGAAUUUGCUGAUGGUGGAAGAGACUUGGAAGGCUUUCAGUUUGACAACAUGGACCAAGCAAAGAGCGUUCUCCACCAAGUGGCAUAUUCCUUGGCCAUUGCAGAGCAGGAGCUGAUGUUUGAACACCGAGACCUCCACUGGGGCAACAUCCUGGUGAAACCUACCGGUGAGCAGACGUUGCCGUUCGUGGUGAAUGACGCCGUCGUCGAUAUUCCAUGUUACGGGGUCCAAGCCACCAUUAUUGACUUCACAUUGUCCAGGAUGGAGAAAGAUGGCGUGGCAAUCUACCUCGACAUCGCUGAUGACGACGCCUUGUUUACAGGGCCUGGUAACGAGGAUUUCCAGUUCGAAGUUUAUCGAAUGAUGCAGAAAGUGAAUGGGAAUAGCUGGCGUGAAUAUCAUCCCAUCACAAACGUCUACUGGAUGAUGUAUCUAAUAGACAAGUUGAUGAAAAGAAAGACCUACAUCAAUAAGAGUCAACCGAUGCUGAGAAAGUUCCGAAGUUUCCAUCGUAAUCUGGUGGACUACAAGAGUGUCUUUGAUAUAAUUACAGAUUCUCAGUUCUUUGACUGAAGUUGUACCUCAGGGAGUGCAUUGUAUUGUAGUGUUACAUCGUAGAAGCAUUCUGACUCUAUCGCUUCAGGAAAUAUUUGUGCUUGGAAGUUUAAGGCUCCCAGUUUCUACUAUGCUACUGACUGUGUACAAGCAAAGUCAAAUGAGACAGCUGACUGUUAGAAACUUAGUUACAGUGAAGAGUGCAGUUGAAACUGAAAAAGACUAUUUGGUUCAAGGAGGAUUUGACCUUGCUUUUGAUGAUUGUAAAAUGGGUUUGUGAGAAACAUUUUAAAAGCUUUUGUUCAAUGAUGAUUGGUCUUUUAUUUUAACAUCAAAUGAUAGAUGGUGUGUGGGAUCUGAUUUUAGUGCAAUAAAAUUUGUUGUGUAGUUUUAGAUUAUUUUCUGGGACAGUUUGAUUUAUGGGCUGUCUUUCUGAUCAGGGCUGGGGUUUUCCAUGGGUGUUUCCAGUUGUAUAUGCAAAACAUUCUUUCAAUUUUGUAGAGUCCAAAUAUAUUUCUCCAGCUCCUUUACAUCAUUCUAUUUUGUAAGUUUUCAAUAUCAUAAUGGACAGAUUAUGAAAAAUCAUGUAUUUUAGUUUGAGAAUGUACUGGUGAUUAAGUUUGGGUUGUAACAUGUUCUUGGUCAAGAGGUCGACAAAAACAACCCCUUUAGCUUCUAUAGAUUUGAAUAGAGUCACUUGAACGUGUAUAUCUAUCACUGAAUUUUAUGACUUAGGGUCAUUUUUGUACCAAAUUUGUAUACAAGUUUGUUGUAAAUAAACAAUUUAGAAACAUAGAAGUA